CGAACUAUCGUUGUGGAGGGGGAAAAACACGUAGAGCUGAGUCUGCGCGACGCAGGGGAUCACAGCCUACGAAGUUUAUCGGGCAAGACUACAGCGACAAAUCCUAGGACACACUCGGCCGCAGCAUAGGCAUCUAAUCUCAGCAAACCUUCUGAUGGAUUUUGUGUAGAAAUCCUGCUUGAUUUGACUGCGAUUGGUAACACAGCAGGGGUUUUUGGAAGGAGGAAGGAUGUCGGAGUUUAUGCCGUACCCGUACAGAAGGCCGGGAGGUGCUUUGAUGCGCUUCAAGAAAAGAAAGUCACGCUUCACAUUCCAAGAGGUGGAACUGCUUCUCAGCGAAGUGCAGAAAAAACGGCAUAUUCUAGUUGGAAAGUUUAACAGGGGAAUUUCGAAGGAUCUGAAAAACCGAACAUGGUCGUCUGUGACCGAACGCAUCAACGAGGUCAGCGAGUGUCAUAGAGAGGUUAUUGAGGUCAUCAAGAAAUGGGCUGACCUCAAAUGCGACACCAAGCGAAGGGUGGCCGCCAUGAGGGCUUCGGGAGCUACGUCAGCCCAAAUCGCACAAGAACUGUCACCCAUUGAGACCAUGGUGCACCAGAUCCUUCAGCUGUCGAACUCAAACAAAAACAUGAGCAGUUUUGCAAUUGAUGACCAAAUGGAUGAUGACGAUGAGGACUUGGCAGGCCUCUCUGAGAUUCCACAAAGUUCUUCUUACAUGGCAAAUGGUAGGCCUCAUUCGUUCGGUUUACCAAUGCCACUGCCAAUACCAAUGCCAAUGCCAGUGCCACCUCCUUUCCACACUAGUGUCCCAGGCCAAGUUGAUAUGGAGCUUCCUUCUCACAUAAUGUUUAGUGAUUCAGUAGUGCCUCUUACAAGCCUCCGUACAAAUACAUCAGGAAAUGAAGGUGGCAACAUGCAAUUUAUCGAACCCUUAAGCCAACCAAAACAACCUCCUGUUGGCAUGCCUGCGUUCCUCAGCCGUCCCAUUACUGAGAAGACCCAAGUUCAAGAUAAAGCCAACCAGAGCACAUUUAAUGGCUCUUCAGCAUUUAUUGUACCUUCUGGAGCCUUGUCAUCACGUUCAGCUCCUGCUAGCCUCCCUCCACAGCCUGCUGCCCUAGAGCCUCGCAGUCUUCAGGAACGCCUAUCCCAGAGUGCCUCUCUCAGCCUGCAUGAACAGCAGGCCACAACACAACUGAUCGGGUCGCUGUCCCGCUCGCUGGAGUCACUAGCCGAGUCUGUGCAGAAAUUGGUCCAAAUCCAGCGUCAGUUUUCACAUGACACCUUACAAAUGCAGCGCGACACACUCCACGUCCUGCGCGACUUUUCCUCCAACACCUUGACUCUCCUGCAGGACAAGAUGAACGGGCAUCCAUAGCUCCUCAAUGCCGCUAUGCUAACUACAAAUGGGAGCAAGUUACACAAACAACAUCAAUAAUAAGCUGAGCAUAAAGUGACACUAGAGUCUAUGGCAAUCUUGAUUAAGUCUUUAUUUUGAGAGUUCUAUAUAUGUUGAAUCACGUUUUCCCCCACUUUAUAACACAAUAACCAAAAUUAGGAGCUAAAUAUUAAUAGAGACAUCCUUGUAUGUAUCGACUGAAUAUUUUAUUCAGUAGACAAGUGGGACUGUGUGGACCAAUUGUGUGCUAUUAUAAGUCAUUUAAUUAUGGGCAAAAUGUAGGCUAUUUAAAAACAUGAGUUGUAAUUUAAGACGAUUAUUCUUGUGGUGCUUUUUAAUAUAUUGCAAUGUGGCCGUUUUAUCUGGUUUUAAUUUAUGUAAUCUGUUUUUAUUAUGGUUUGUUUUUUUUUCUCUCUGAUGGUUCUCGAGAUUUUAACCUUUUAAAUCAGUUUUCGUGUCAAGCGUUGCCUAACAGACCUGCUGUAAACGUUUUGAUCCUUUAGCCUUAUGCAGUGUGUUUUAUUAUUUGUGGUUUCUCUUAACUUGAAUAUCCAAAGACUCGUUAUAAUGUUUUAUUUUUGUUUUCUUCCUGAUAGGACUUUGAAUUCUGUUUGAAGGCACAUUUAUCUUAGAUGUAGCUCCUAUGGACCUGUGUUUAAUCUCCCAGAAAUGAAAAGUCAGCACACUGUUAACAAGUCACACUUUAAAACCCUACGGAAAAGAUGAAAUAAAACGUAUAAUUUGAAA